AUGUAACGUCCCGGAUGUACGGCAUUCUAUGCAUAUAUAAUACACUGAAGGCGGGAUAACCCGUUUAAAUCAGAGAAGGCAAAGAGGUUAAAUAGAUUAAUUUCUAGUGCAGAUUUUCCAACCAAAUAAAACACAAUGGCUGGUGGCAAAGCAGGGAAGGACUCCGGCAAGACCAAGACAAAGGCUGUUUCGCGCUCACAGAGAGCGGGCUUACAGUUCCCCGUUGGUCGUAUCCACAGGCAUCUAAAGUCGAGGACCACGAGUCACGGACGUGUAGGGGCGACCGCGGCCGUGUACAGUGCGGCAAUUCUGGAGUACCUCACUGCCGAGGUCCUGGAGUUGGCAGGGAACGCUUCUAAGGAUUUGAAAGUGAAGCGUAUUACGCCGCGCCACUUGCAGCUCGCCAUUCGCGGGGACGAGGAGUUGGACUCGCUCAUCAAAGCGACAAUCGCCGGGGGUGGUGUCAUCCCACACAUUCACAAGUCUUUGAUUGGGAAGAAAGGACAGCAGAAGACCGUUUAAGUAUUUCGCUGUACCGUUUAAUCUAUCUCAGGGCAAAAUGUCGCUUCAAAAUGGCUGUUCUUUGUUUUUAAGUUUGUUUUGCUUUGUCCUUGAAUUUUAACAAAUCUGUAGCUAUCAUUCUGCGCUUCACGCCUCAUUUCUGAGAUAUUUUAAACAAAAGUUGGCUUCAAAGAAGCUUUGUUUUUAUUUUUAGGCUUGAGUUGGGGUACUGUAGGUUUUUUUUGUUUUUUGUUUACACUAUUUAAUGCAUAAGCCUGAUACUUACCAGUUGUGGUGUUUGCUUUAAAUACAAAUUGUGUGAUUGAAGUUGUGUUUGAAUAAAGCUCAAUAAAGUGCCCAUUUCUUUA